AUGAAGAUCCUGGUGAUGCAUGGUAAGCUUCGCAUCUCCCAAAGAAAUCUCGUACCUGACCUGAUGGUUACAGGGGCGCAGCAGGCGCCAGCUCUGGGACCUGACAGUAUCGAAAAUCUCUAUCCAACCGGUUCUUUCGAGUGUGCUUCGGAAGAUUGCCUCAUCAACAAUAGCGAGAAUUGCAGAAAAUACUGCUGGUGGGGAGCCGACAACGUUGAUGGAGUGUAUCCGAGAUUGCGGGAUGGUAUAGAGGCUGUACUCUCUACCAUCGAGGACCUUGGUUUAUUUGUUGGAAUAGUCGGUUUUAGUCAGGGUGGCGCAAUGGCCGGGAUGGCUGAAGGCGGGAUGCCAUAUCCUGACGCAUCCACCUCACUAAAACACCCUCCGCUCAAGUUCAUAGUCUGGUUUUCUGGGUACGCCUCAUCGCAUCCUAUGUACCGCGGCUUUUAUGAGCACAACAUUGUUACUUCCUCUCUUCAUGUUCUCGAAUGCUCGGACCCUGAGGUGAGCAAAGAGGCAUCGUGGAGACUCGUUGAGAGCUGUCGGUCGUGUGUGGGAUCUGAGCCGGUGGUUGUCUGGCAUCCUGGGGGUCAUUUUGUACCGAAAAGCGAGCGCGAGCUUGAACCAGUUGCAAAAUUCAUUGCUUCCAAGGCUUACUAG